UCCGCAAGCUAAGUUGGAUCGCAGAAAAGUGCACUAAUGGUCAAGAAAAAUCUAAUGCGGCUAGCAUGACAUCAUCAAGAUAAUAGAAAAAGUUGUAGUGGUGUGUGGAAAGUGUUUUUGAUUUAUUGUCGAUGAAAUCAAACAAAAUGAGCACCCCGAUAAUCAUCACUGUUCCCAACAACUACUUGGCGAUGGAGGAGGACUCCAAAGUGGUGGUGGACGUAGCCGCGCCGCCCUCCAGGAAGCGCAGGCUUGACCACCUCUCAUGGGAAGAAAAGAUGCAAAGAAAGAAGCUGAAGAAUCGCGUGGCUGCACAGACAUCUCGAGACAGGAAGAAAGCAAGAAUGGACGAGAUGGAGAGUAAUAUACAGAAGUUGAUGGAUGCGAAUGAGCGUCUCACAAAUGAGGUAGCCAGUUUGAAGGCUUUGAACGAGAGGCUGUUGAGCGAAAACACAACGCUCCGCAGCGAGGCGGCGGCGCGGAACGUCGCGGGGACCCAAGUACCAGCAGAGUCUACUCCUCAGCAGAAGGGGGGGUCCCCGACGGCGCUCCGCGCGGCACGCCUGCUUCUAGCGAUGUGCUUCCUCUCACAGACCUCCUCGCCCACCUCGACUCUGAAGAAUACCUCGACACCCUCCAUCAACUUGCAGAGUCCCUCCUCCAAGAAAUUGAUGCAAGUUCUACAGGAGAGACUGAAAAUGUCUCAGUCAGGGAGUCUGGAAAGUGCUCUGAAGGAGCUCAAGUGGUGGGGACCGCAGCAAAGCACCUGGAAUCCAGUGAAGGUGCUGUCAUAGACCUGAAGCAUGAUGUGGACAGGAUACUGUCACAGCACUCAUAUGCGCAUCCCUACACCCCAAACAUUGUAUCAGAGCCAAACAAUACAGUA